AUGAAACUGCUAUAUAAAGAUAUAACCGAGCGAGAAUGUCAAACCAACUCGUUUGCGCUGAUUGUACCAGGACAGACUAUAGUUGAGAUACCGGAAUAUACAUUGGAAUGUGGUGAGACGUUAUAUAAUUUCCCUGUUGCGUACAAGACUUGGGGCAGAUUAAACAAAGACAGGAACAAUGCAUUUCUUAUAUGUCAUGCGCUCACAGGAUCUUCUGAUGUUCAGGAUUGGUGGGGUCCUUUACUAGGCACAGAUAAGACUUUUGAUCCCUCGCGAUUUUUCAUAAUUUGUAUUAAUUUUCUUGGAUCUCCAUAUGGGUCCUGUUCGCCUGUUAGUAUAGACCAAUCAAGCGGAAAACCGUAUGGCCCUAGUUUUCCCUUGGUCACAGCAAAGGAUGAUUUGGGAAUACAGAAAUUGAUAUUGGACUCAUUAGGAGUUAAACAAAUAGCAUGUGUUAUAGGAGGAUCUAUGGGCGGGAUGUUGGCAAUGGAGUAUUCUGCAACUUACAAUGAUACUGACUAUGUUAGACUAGUUAUUGCAUUAGCCACUUCCGCGAGAGCUUCUGCAUGGUGUAUAUCAUGGAACGAAACGCAAAGACAGUGUAUUUUCAGUGAUCCAUUUUAUGAUGAUGGGUACUAUUUCGAGAACAAGAGUGGCCGCAAACCUGAUUCUGGAUUGAGUGCAGCUAGAAUGGCUGCAUUGUUGACAUACAGAUCACGCAAUUCAUUUGAAACACGAUUCGGUAGAAAAUUGGGCAAGAACAAUACUACCAUGAACAACGGAGCAGCAGCAGCGGGUGAUGGUGGCGCAGGAGUAAGAGGAGGAGAAGUAGAAAAGGGGAUAAGGUAUCCAAAGAAUAAUGAUGAAGAGCAUUGGCUAUUGCAUAACGAAGGGUCUAAGACGAUAAACGGGAAACAAAGAAAUCAGGAUAAGAAUUUACCAACAUAUUUCACUGCACAAUCGUACUUGAGAUAUCAAGGUACCAAGUUUAUCAACAGAUUUGAUGCAAACUGUUAUAUAUCGAUAACGAGAAAAUUGGAUACUCAUGACAUAACAAGAGGUAAAAUUAAUGAUGAAGCAGCCGAAUGUACAAAUAUAGAUCCAUUACCCGAAUUUCUCAAAACAUUAACCAAACAGCAUUUGAUUAUUGGUAUUGAAUCCGAUGGAUUGUUUACAUACGAAGAACAAAAAUUACUUGGUGAGAAUAUACCUAAAUCGGUACUAAAAAAAUUGGAUUCUCCAGAGGGUCAUGAUGCAUUUUUGUUAGAAUUUGAAUUGAUAAACCAGUACUGCUUAGAUUUUUUGAAACUGAACUUGUCUGAAUUUUAUGAUGAUGAUAAAGUUGAAUUAUUUACAGAUUGGAAAAAAUACGUUCAAGAUGUUGAUAAUGGUGGUAAUUCAGUAUUUGGUGAGGCAGAGAAGAAUAUAACCAAUUGGUGA